GUUUCGAGAUCAGUUGCCAGUGUGAAAUAAGAAUCGUCUGUAUACACACUCAGAUGCAUUAGCAAUCAAUUGUGUGCACCAGCUGCAGUGGAUGGAAAAAAGAACUUGGGGAAUUAAUCAUUGAUCUGUGUGCAGAGAAUGUCUUCCUCCAAUAUUCCUCCGCAUCUAAUGGCGGAUGAGGAAUGGGAAUCUUGCGUAAACAUUUUCUUUUGAUUCGAUGACGGCUUGACAGUGCUGUAGCAACCUCUCAGUCAGUGUUGAGGAGCAAACUGAGAUUUGGUCCUCCUUGAUUUUAAAAUCAAAGACGAAAAUUUUAUUUGUUUAAAAGUUGUUUCACUCUAAAUCUUGAAUGCUAUAAUCAUGUGUUUGGUGAAUGAACUUUUGACCUACAUGGAUGAAUGACUUGAUAACUGUGUUGCUAUGGUUACUGUUUUGUGUUUGGUAUUUUACGUUGUCGUUGGUUACGUGGUUGUUGACGUUUCCCCGCGUCCUGGAACCUCUGCUGCUGUAUAUCCUGUAUAGUUUUACCACACUAGAUAUGAAGGGUCUAAAUGGCAACCAACUGUAUCCAAAGGUGGACAAUAUGGAUCCAGUGAUUGGUCAUGAUUCCGACCAAUCAGAUAAAACCACAGUCAAGCAAUCAACACCGAAAAAUGAAGCCAAUUUCAAUAUUCACUGUGAGGAGCGGCCGAUUCUCAAUGGAGUUGUGAGCCAUUUAUCUCCGGAUGGAAAUAAAGAAAUGAGAAUUACGGAUGUGAAAUUAGAAACGCUCAAAAGUAAGACAACAUGGCAGGAGAUGUCGCCGAAGAGGGAGAGAAAAAUCACGCGGCAAAAUAGUUCUGGGAGUAUUAAAAGCAGCAGCAGUGGAAGCGCGAGCGGGACAUCGGGGAGCAGCGAUUAUUCUUCCUGCUCGCCACCAGGAAGUCCAACUAAGUCGUGGAAAUCGAUUCGCGAAAGCAAUAAAAAUAAUGCACUCUCCUGGAAAGACCUGUCAGGUACCAAGUGUGGGAAAAGUUCAGAGGAGCAUUUACCGUCGAAGGGAACCAGUGCAAAUGAGAACCAGUUCGGGAAGUGUGUGUGUAGUCCUGAGCAUGUGAGAAAUCAGACAACUUGUGAUACAGACAAUGCUUGUAUAACUACAACUGGGACUGACAUGACCGACAAUCGAAAGAUGGACACUGGUCACUUAACGUCGUGUGUGCAUACAACCGACAAUGGGCAAAACCUUGCCUGUAACUGCAAAACCAACGGAGGCAGUCGAACCGGUCAAACCGGGCGGACCGGUCAGAAUGUGAACAAUAGAAACCAGGGAAGUCCCGAACAUAGAGUCAGAAUGUCCACAAAGUCCAAGGACCCGUGUCGGCUGGAGAGUGCGACGUCAGAGGAACAGAAUAACGAGUAUUUCUACGAUGAGGACUUCACUGUACAGUUUGACACUAACUUGCGGGAGUCGUCCCCGGGACUUAAUUGUACGUGCAUUGAUCCUACGAUAGUCAGUGAUUUUCCGAACAUUGUGACAGGGAGUUACCUGUCGUUUAACAAUAUGAAGGGGUCCGGGCUUCUCGACCCGCACGCUAAUCCGGAACUCUUUUGUCCAGAUGAGUCGGAGCUCUCGUCAUGUAGAAACUCGGCCAUGGACCUGUCGUCCAGCGAACGCGAGAUGAUGUGCUCUAGUGAUAUGUUAGAAUUUAGCGACAACCCACUUUUUACACCUUCGCCCACUAAAGAGCUGGAAAAGCAGAAUGUUUCAACGGAUAGCUUGGACAGGAAUUACAGACCAAUUGAACACUGUUGUCAGGAUGGGAGCCUAGAGUCCAGCGAUGGAAACCUCUGCGUGAACUGCUGUCCCAAAAAAGAGGACUACUUCCUCUCCUUCGACGGUUCACAGGGGCGGUCCCAGAACUCAGAGAACGACAACUCCUUGAUCUCCAUUGGGUCGGGUCAUGGACACUGGGGUCAGAGUUCAUCUGGAGAGGAAAUGGUGUCCGAGGAAUGUACCGACAGCUUCCACUUCUGUUACAUGAAUGGAAAUGGAAGUCUUCAACACGGACACAGACGGAUUAAGUUCCAGGCGCUGAAGGCUGUCCACGAGGAUAACGAUGACGCAGACAUUGACGACAGUGAAGGGAAAUUAUCCCUGCCCAAAAUUACCAGGAGUCCUAUAUCCGAAUUCAACCAGAAGGUAAACGGUGGGUUAAAUGGAAAGAGAGGGUGCUGUCACGGGAAGAAGGCUCAAGUCAACAAAUUCAAUGGAUUGUCGCCUUCCAAGUCGGCGAUGAGACAUACGAUCCCGAACAGGAGGGUGACAUCCUGGAAGCAGGUGAAGUCGCUGAAGUCCCUGGGGAAGAUGGACAUGAUGUUGGAUGCCAAUCGCAGCAGCAGCAUGCCCGAAUUGUACGUGCAGACAUGGCAGUCUGUCACUUCCCAGGACUGCAUGGACAUCGCGAAAAUCGCUGAGAGCUUCCACGGAAAGAGACAUUCAGCUUAUCUGUUGGAUCUGUACCAGAGAGUCCGGAACCAGUCGAAUCCCGUCUCACCGGAAACCAUGGCCAAUAUCGAGCAGAUUCUUUUCCACCCCCUGAUCAGUCAGAAUCGUUGUCAUGGUGAAGCAAAUCUGAGUGCUCCGAUUGGUCCCUGUGGAGUUUGUGGGCGGGAAGGGUCACACAGCAGUCACACGCUCACAAACAGUAACAUCCAGCACCUGGUCAACACCAGCCGAUCGGGACAACAGCUGGACCAGUACACGAGGAAAAGAAUCAUCGAAUGGCUGGAGAGGGAUAGACUAGACGGACAGUGCAGAGCCAAGGGGUCCCAGACGGAGAGAGACGUGAGAACGGUGGAGACCAUCAUCUCUCCUACUACUGUCACACUGUGGUGUGGUACCAAGAACUUCGGUUCACAGUUCCCCCCUCACACGAGGGACUGUGGAAUUCAGACGUCUCACAAUGUCGGGAAGGAGGGGCGUGUUUUACACACGGAGCAACAGACAUCGCCGACAUUAGAGAGGGAGUACAGAAAGCUAUACACAGCGGAGGCCGCUCAACAGACUUCUCCAAACUCCGAGAAACACGACAUUCUGUCCAUGCUCCCCGAGAACUUCACAGACCUGGAGGACAUUAUACCCAGGAGGGACGAGAGGAGUCCAACCCGUGUGCCAAGGUCAAAGAGUGCAGACACCAACGCUCACAGAGACACAGUGGACGUAGCCCACAGGGGCUGCCUCUCCUAUUAUACUUAUAAAUCUCUGCCAGAACUGAACUUCAUAGUCUCACCAGAAGAUCACCGCGUGGAGGAAGAAAUCUCACUUUUUGACCCCAUGCCUGUAUCCAUCCCCAUCCCCAUCCUCACUCCAACGUUUGCCAAAUCUUUCUCUGGGGCCCUUUCCAAGAAGGAGAGACAGUCAGCUGGAACAGCCAACAAACGGUCCAUGUCCGUGCCGGCAAAGCUAGUGACUCAGCCUCAGCACAAGAGUGCUGGGGAGACUGGAUCCAGUGCUAGUGGAGUAAGCAACAGUUCGACAUCAUCCGGAAUAGAUCCGGGCUACAGUACGGAGGAUAGACCAUUCAGCGUAGGCAGUCCGUCUAAUGAUAUCGAACGGCUUCUGUUCUACCCUCCUCAUGUGGAAAACAGUGCUAAAAAAGAGAAAGGUCAGGGACAGAUAGAAGGUCAAGGUCAACAUAGAUCCAGUAGUCAGCCGAAUCUGAGGAGAGUCUCUGAAAAUCUGGUCAACAGAUAUGCAAAUGAGGCGCAUCCCAUUUCCCUGGAAGCAGUGCAUAAACCAAGAGUGACAGAGCCGGAAACUGAAAGUAAAGGUGAUGGGAAGGUUUUAGUGAACCCCGCCGUGGAACAACUUUACUCGUUACAGGAGGAGAACACUCCUCUAUCUUCUCCCGACGUCAGUAGGUGUCACCACAACUGUUGUCAUGGUGAGGACUGCUUCUUCGUCAACCACCCAAACCAGUUCUCGAGCGAAUCCAACUCCUCCAAGGAAAGUGGGCCCACAAAAUCUAACCGCAAGCCCCUGAAGUCGUGCCUCCGAAAACAGCACUUCCUGCGGUCAAGGUCGUUGUCCGAUCCGCACAAUUUAGCACAAAACUCGGACAGUCAGAAGCAGAAGAAAAAGUUGAACCGCCAUUCCUAUGCGUGCGAGGAAGUGUAUCUGUUAACGGACGACGCGGGGCAGUACUACCUGUGUCAGAGCGACAACUCCUUGCAGUCCAGUGAAAGCUCGGGGCCUGUGCUGUUCUAUCUGGAUAACAUGGUACCGACCGAUGGCACACAGACGGUGAAACUACGCCGCAAAAAUCCGACGGAAACGGGGACCAGACCGGUUACGGAAACGGCCGAUACGCUGAGCGGGAAAAGAAAGAGUGUCAGUUUCGCCUCAGAGGUUUCGUUCCAUGAUAUUAGUCCUCACGCCUCACCCAAACACAGAGUGGAGGAGACUGGCACAGAGAUAACGAAAGCAACAGGUAAUACAACCAUGUACACGAACUCGCCUGAGAGCUACGAGUCCUCCGACUCGGACGUUCCCCCGGAUAGCUUCAAGCUGUCUCCCUCCACAGAACAGAACAUAUAUGCCCACAGGUUUGACGAGCUGGAGAGGAAGAGAGGAAUGCUUAUGGAAGUCUGUCAGGUUGCGGAGAUUAUUCUUCAUCACUUCAGCAAGGCCAAGAACCCGUUUGACAAGCUGCGAUUGGGUAGUUCUGCUGAUACAUCAGAAAUAGGUGACCUAGUUUUGAACCGUUUGUGCCCAGUGUUAAACCGAGUGGUGGGAGAUGGUCUCAAACCCUUCCUGAAUGGAUUUCAGAUGUUUGGUCGCGUGAACGUCACCGUGUGGAAAGUGGCGGAAAUUUCCGCAGAGCAAGGACCCUACACCCGAGCUAUCCAUGACCUUGUACAGCAGCUGAAGAGUAACCCUGGGCUCACCAGCUGUUCUGCCAAGUUUGAAGCAUUUCUGUUUGGACUUCUGAAUCUGCGGUUGUUAGACUACUGGAUGGGGUACCUACGUUACAGUGACAACCUGACUGACAAGUUCUACAACUCGGAUGGAGUGAUCAUUCUGAGUCGGACCUGCCACGAGCGAGCUUAUGACGAGAUGCUCAUCUCACUACAGCCUCUAUCUGUUCUUCCAUUUCAACUCGGACUCGAGUAUGUGCUGGAGAAUUCUAAAUAUCUCUCUCAUUCACCGACCUUGAGUCCAAACAGGAAUAGAUCUCCCUUGAUUAGUCCUUCCUUAGAGAGAAACAUAGUGGUUCCACCUCCCAAGCCAGCGAGAAGUCUAAACGGAACGGGACUGAUCUCCACUAAAGCUUGGGAGUGGAUCAAAGGGAGUGUGUGUGAUGAAGGGGCGGAGCAAAAAUCAACUGGGGCGGAGCAUUCUAAUGUGGUAGAAAAGAGAGAAGAAGUUUCUGCAAACAGAUCUGAUCGAUUUGGUGAGAAGCGUAGCAAAUCUUUAGAUGAUGUUCAGGAAGGUAGAGUUCAGAGGUCGCGUGAUAAGGAAGUUCAGAGACCAGUGUGUACUGACCUCCAGGUGAAGGUCGAUUUACAGGGAAUGACCGACUCUUUUUCUGGAAUUGCACAGAAAUUAUUAGGAAUGAAUACCUCUCGUGACAAAAGUCCGGAAGACAGCAUCACUAAAAAUCCAACUGGGUCCGGAUCGGAGAAGAAUUCGCUAAAAGAAAAAGUAACAGCUCCGGAGACUGUGGAGAGUGUGUCGUCGAAGGCCAAGUCAGGAAUUCUCAAAUUCUUUGACAAGCUGUUGCUCUCGAAGGACUCUGGAUCAGCUCCUAAAAGCCAGAUACCGAAACGGUACAGCUGGAAUGUUCCGAAUGAGGGUCAGAGGUCACCGGGAUCACCAGGAUGCAAGAGUCUAUCUCCGGUAUCCGGAAAUAAAGAGUUGAGGAAUAGCCUGGAAUACCAGAAGCAGAAGUUUGUUACUGCAAGGAAAACUCAAAAAUCCGAUAAUGUAGUCGCUCGAAGUAUUCAAAGUGAAGCUACGAAAGAUAUUGAAAGUGAGGCUACAAAAGCUAUUCCGAAAGAGGCCACCAAGGAUGACAGGAAGCCAGGGUUGGAGAAAUCGGGAGAAAAGUCCGGCGGGAGAAUUCGAAAAACUCCGGAGAAAAUUGAAUCAGUAACUGAGAAGCCAUUAUCUAGGCAAGCAAGAAAUCCUCCAUCAAACUUAAACUUGAAACUGAGAGAAGAGGCUCAAGACAAGAUGUCAGUCAAAGUGACUGCAUCGCCUUCAAAGAAAUUUGGGUCACCACAGAGAAAAGUAACAGAUAAAGUGAAAGUCAGUAAAAUUCCAACUCUACAGAAGAAAAUAGAGAGCAGACGGCCACAGAGAAACAGCCUCGUUUUGGACUCCUCGGGGUACAGCUCAUCGAGCAUGGUCAGCUCUCCAACUCGAGUCAAACACUCGUACUCGGCAGGACAGAUCCCCAUCCCUGUUCAAUCACCAAAGAAAAACAAAGUGCAGUGCUCGAAGAAUGCAGAAGUUUCUACCAUCAAAAAAGAGCCUGUCCGGACUGAAACCAAAGCACCAGAGGAAGCAGGCAUCACAUCCUCCACGGAAUUUCCAAUCAACGAUCCUACCGAGUCGGUGGAGUCGACUUCGUCCAGUGCGAGCGCGUCUCUGGAGAUCGGUCCAACACUAAUAGCUCCUGCCCAGAGAAAGGACACCACGUCUGCUAGUCAGAAACUUACUGCUGAGAAAAGCCAAAACAAAACCAAACCCCCAGUUUCUGGUGCCCUGAUGCAGGAUCUUGAUAUCAACUCCAACGCGCCUCUCCCUAUGUUAGAGGAUCAAGCUGUGGGGGCAGGUGGUCAGUGCACAGCGGGACAGACAACAAACCAUGGCAAGGACUUCAUGAAGCCUGACUUCAGGUGCAUCGAGACAGUGCUCGACUUCGAGUCUAAAGAGAUAUCUCAGCUCUCCUACAAGAAAGGGGAGCACUUUGAGGUGCUGGCUGAGAUCGACUCGAGCUGGUUUUACUGUGUGAACGGACCGCAGGAAGGACUGAUUCAUGUCAAUGCUGUCAAACCUCUAAGUGACAAAGACGAAUUUCAUUUGCUUCAUAACAACUUCUACUCAUAGUAAUCAUGGUCAUCAGUGUGUUUAUUAUUGUAUACAUUCAGCAUUGUUUUUGUUUUCUGAUGCUUCACCUAGAACCAGUGGAUUAAUUUAGAUAGAUAUGUAACAGCAUGUACCUACACAGAAGACAUUUUAAGACGACCACUGUCUUAUACGUGGGGCCGACUUUAUGUGAGUAUAUACGGUACUCAAUAUCCUUCCUCAUGGUGAAAUAUUUAAAAUCUAGUCUUUGAAAUUGACAAAGCAAAGACCAUUCUGUUGUCCUACAGCGAUUGAAAUAUAUUUAAUAGAAUUGUUUUCAACAUUAGAAGCUGGUACAUUGUAUAAAGAGGUUUCAUCACUGAACAUUGUCUAGUUAAUUAGGAUUACUUUCCUGCAUUCGUCCUUGUUAAAGAACAUCUGUACAGACAUUUUUGAAAUUACUUACUCGAAUUGCAUGAAACUUUGCAUGUACCUAUUUUAGGAAUCUCCGUGAGAACUGCAAUACACAUAACAGGAUAUCAGAUAAAAGAUAUGUGGAGAUUGUGUGUAGCCCUAUCAUAAAUUCAGAGAGGAGGGUAUUUGUUUUUAAAAUUAAAGAUACAUGUAUGAGGGAAUUAAGAAUUAUAGAUUGUUUGUGUUGGAUGUCGUAACUUGGGAUGUGUGUAUAUAGGUUCCAUCUUACAGGGGGAAUCUGAACAAAGUGCAAUAUAUAUAUGAUUUAUGAGAAAUGUAUUAUAUUUGAGACUAAUAUAACUAGAGAUCAUGUUGUGGACAUUAAUGUAUUGAAUUGUUUCUUCUUUUGUACUUGCUCUGUAAAUCUAGUCAAGUUGUCUCCUUGUUUUUGUUUUCUUUUGUUUAUGUUGCCAAGUGUUGUGAUAACGAUAUAGAUCAUGUGAUACACAUAAAUAUAGAUCAUGUGAUACACAUAAAUAUAGAUCAUGUGAUAACACAGAAAUAUAGAUCAUGUGAUACACAGAAAUUUUCUGGUUCUUUGUUUUAACUUCCGUAUUGAUUUAAAUAUUUACAACAGAUGAUGUAAAUUGAACAUUCUUGAUUCAUAUUGAUUUUAAUAUUUACAACAGAUGAUGUAAAUUAAACAUUCUUGAAUACACCUGUAAUGUUGCUGAAUUAUGUACAUUUUUCUUUGUUUUGUCAUAUUUUUUUUCUCAAUUCAGUGUCUAUCUGUUAAGAAAUGAUGUUUUACUAUACAAAGAUAUGUGUACAAAAGUUUUGGAAAAAGGGCAUUGUAUAAAACAGAUCUAUAACAUUAAAUUGUUACUAUAUUUAGAAGGCUCCACAGUGAGGCUGUGCAUACAUAUAUACAUGUACAAAAACCUCGGUAUAAAUUUUUCUUGUAGUUUCUCUGCUUUCAUUUUUGGCUGGUUGUGAGUAGUGUUGGGGUACUGUGAUUUUUCCAAAAAACACGUGGAAGAUAUUUUUCGAAUUUUUGUUAGUCCUCCAUGCAACUGCAUUAUGUAGUUUGACCUUGUCUGUAGUUUGACCUUGUCUGUAGUGUGACCUUGUUUCCACUCAAGCUAUCAAAACAUAUACUGCAGACGCAAGUGUACUGAAAGAAAUCAAAACUUAUGGCAUCGUUAGCCAUAAAAUUUAUUUGAUAUACUUAAAGAAAUAUAUUGUUUGGGUGUUGAAAUUUUAGAAAUAUAUCAUAAUAACCAUCCUAAACAUACUCACUGCUGUAAACAACAUUAUUGUAAACAACAACACUGUAAACAACAAUACUGUAAACAACAACACUGUAAACAACAACACUGUAAACAACAAUAUUAUAAACAACAACAUUAUAAACAACAACAUUGUGAACAACAAUAUUAUAAACAACAACACUGUAAACAACAUUAUAAACAACAACAUUAUAAACAACAACAUUGUAAACAACAACAUUAUAAACAACAACACUGUAAACAACAACAUUAUAAACAACAACAUUGUAAACAACAACACUGUAAACAACAACAUUAUAAACAACAACAUUAUAAACAACAACAUUGUAAACAACAACACUGUAAACAACAAUAUUGUAAACAACAACACUGCAAACAACAAUACUGUAAAACAACAACAUUGUAAACAACAACAUUGUAAACAGCAACAUUGUAAACAACAACACUGUAAAUAACAAUAUUAUAAACAACAACACUGUAAACAACAAUAUUAUAAACAACAACACUGUAAACAGCAACAUUGCAAACAACAACACUGUAAACAACAACAUUGUAAACAGCAACACUGUAAACAACAACAUUGUAAACAACAACACUGUAAACAACAACAUUAUAAACAACAACAUUAUAAACAACAACAUUGUAAACAACAACACUGUAAACAACAAUAUUGUAAACAACAACACUGCAAACAACAAUACUGUAAAACAACAUUGUAAAACAACAACAUUGUAAAAACAACAUUGUAAACAACAACACUGUAAACAACAACAUUGUAAACAACAACAUUGUAAACAGCAACAUUGUAAACAACAACACUGUAAAUAACAAUAUUAUAAACAACAACACUGUAAACAACAAUAUUAUAAACAACAACACUGUAAACAGCAACAUUGCAAACAACAACACUGUAAACAACAACAUUGUAAACAGCAACAUUGUAAACAACAACACUGUAAACAACAACAUUGUAAACAGUAACAUUGUAAACAACAACACUGUAAAAACAACAUUGUAAACAACAAUAUUGUAAACAACAACAUUGUUAACAACAACAUUGUAAACAGCAACAUUGUAAACAACAACACUGUAAAAACAACAUUGUAAAACAACAACAUUGUAAAAACAACAUUGUAAACAACAACACUGUAAACAACAACAUUGUAAACAACAACAUUGUAAACAGCAACAUUGUAAACAACAACACUGUAAAUAACAAUAUUAUAAACAACAACACUGUAAACAACAAUAUUAUAAACAACAACACUGUAAACAGCAACAUUGCAAACAACAACACUGUAAACAACAUUGUAAACAGCAACAUUGUAAACAACAACACUGUAAACAACAACAUUGUAAACAGUAACAUUGUAAACAACAACACUGUAAAAACAACAUUGUAAACAACAAUAUUGUAAACAACAUUGUUAACAACAACAUUGUAAACAGCAACAUUGUAAACAACAACACUGUAAAAACAACAUUGUAAACAACAAUAUUGUAAACAACAACAUUGUUAACAACAACAUUGUAAACAACAACAUUGUAAACAACAACAAUGUAAACAGCAACAUUGUAAACAACAACACUGUAAACAACAACAUUGUAAAUAGCAACAUUGUAAAUAACAACAUUGUAAAACAACAACAUUGUAAACAACAACAUUGUAAACAACAACACUGUAAAUAGCAACAUUGUAAACAACAACACUGUAAACAACAACACUGUAAACAACAACACUGUAAACAACAACAUUGUAAACAACAACAUUGUAAACAACAACAUUGUAAACAGCAACACUGUAAACAACAACACUGUAAACAACAACAUUGUAAACAACAACACUGUAAACAACAACAUUGUAAACAACAACACUGUAAAAACAACAUUGUAAACAACAACACUGUAAACAACAACAUUGUAAAUAGCAACAUUGUAAAUAACAACAUUGUAAAACAACAACAUUGUAAAACAACAACAUUGUAAACAACAACAUUAUAAACAACACCACUGUAAAAACAACAAAGUAAACAACAACAUUGUAAACAGGAGAAAUGGAGAAAUUUAGAUUUACUGAAUAUUCAUGACUACAAUGCAGCAGGAUAUGCCGUACAAAUUUAUUUUGAUGCAUCUGGGCAAAAUUAAGCCAAUGUGAUAAUUUUCUCUGUUUACUUGCUAUAUUCCCUGUGUGCAGUAUGUAUUUUGAACUUUUUUGAGAGAUACAUGGUGUAAACAACAACAAAGUAAACAACAACACUGUGGUGGUAUGGAGGAAGUUUUGUGAGCCGAUCUUCGAUAACAAUAGCGAUGUCGUAAAUUUACAAUUUUUAAAAAAAAAUUCACACACAAAAAAUAUAUAGAGAGAUUCAAAAUCUGUUUGAAUUUCUAAUGCCAAAAUAAAAGCAGGGUAUGAAUUAAAAAGUAAUUUUAUUAAGAUUUUUAAAGAAAAGAUAGAUCUUGCAUUUUCAAAGUCUUAUAAACUGCUUUUAAAUGAUUUCUGGAUGAAGGAAAAGUUAUUCCUAUUUUAGACAGUUAUACUAACUAUUCACAAUUGCGCUUCUAUUGUUGUUGGAGAGGCUUACAAGUAGGCUUGUGAAUUGAAAGAUCCCCCACCCCUUCCUCACAAUGGUUGUUUGGCCUUCAGUAUUGUUCUCUAGUCUCUCAGGAUUGUUUUUUCGGUUUAUGUAGUAAUCCUGGAAAGAGUAGAACUGAAUGUCAAAAAUAUACAGUAAAACACAGUUAUAGCAAAUCUCCAGGGCCAGCGAAAAACAGUUUGUUUUAACCAAACUUCAUUAUACAGUAAAACAUGGUUAUAUUGAACCUCCAGGGCCAGCGAAAAACAGUUCAUUAUAACCAAACUUCAUUAUACAGUGAAACACAGUUAUAGCAAACCUCCAGGACCAGCGAAAAACAGUUCAUUAUAACCGAACUUCAUUGUACAGUAAAACAUGGUUAUAGUGAAUCUCCAGGGCCAGCAAAAAACAGUUCAUAACAAACUUCAUUAUACAAUGAAACACAGUUAUAGCGAACCUCCUGGGCCAGCGAAAAACAGUUCAUUAUAACCAAACUUCAUUAUACAGUAAAACAUGGUUAUAGUGAAUCUCCACGGCCAGCAAAAAACAGUUCAUUAUAACCAAACGUCAUUAUACAGUAAAACAUGGUUAUAGCAAGCCUCCAGGGCCAGCAAAAAUAAAACAUUAUUGAAUAAAAAUUUGAUGUAAUACUCGUGUAAACACAAUUCUUUUCUGGGUCUGUUUGUCUGAAGAAAAUGGGCCCCGAGUACCAAGGAAUUAAUUUUAUGUGGCCUAACUGUGCCUAAAAAUGAAUUUCAUUGGGAGACAUUGAAGCAUCAUGAAGGGACACAGAAAACACCGAAUACUGAUCUGAUUGUCAUUACAAUCUCAAAAACUACAGGAUUGUAUUUCUAAUGAAGAAAACCGAUCUGUUUAACUUUAUGUAUGUACCAACAAUUUUACAUGUUGACUUUCAAAAAGAGGUGACUGUGCAAUAUCAUGAAAUAUUAAAUUGUGAGUAACUUACAUUUGUGUCUUGUGUGAUGUUUAGUAUAAGACACUGUUUUCAUAUAGAUUCUGGGUUUUUGUUAAAGAAUUAUGUUUUUGUGUACAUGAAAACAUGAUUAUAACAGCGUUAUUAAAUGUAUAGUUCAAGUCUUCAUAUAUUGAUAUUGACUUGACAAGGACGUAUGUGAUUUAUUCAGUGGUUAAUAUCAAAAUAUAUUUUGAAAUGUGCAAUAUGUAAGCUUAAACUUGAUGAUUUUUCUCUGUGAUGUAGUUUCGGUUGCAUUUAAGUGAAUUAUAUUUAUUAAGUGUUGUUGAUUAGCUCAUGGUACAGUAGAACACGGUUAUAGUGAAGUGCUGGGGAGACUAAGCAAUGAACAAGUUUCCAAUCAACACUUUUAUGUACAGUACGACAUGUUUAUAGUGAAGUGCUGGGGAGACUAAGCAAUGAACAAGUUUUCAAUCAACACUUUUAUGUACAGUACGACAUGUUUAUAGUGAAGUGUUGGGGACGAACAGUUUUGAUUCGUUAUAAAUGGAAUUUGUUGUAUCCAAUGAGUUCAUGCUAUGUUUGAAACCACAAUGAAUGAGAAACACAUCGCUGUAUGUGUAAAUUCAUUAUAAGAGUGUUCGCUAUAACUGAGUUUUACUGUAGCAAUGAAAUCUACGAAAACAUGUGAUUUACAAAAUUUGAUAUGGACACAAUGCUCUGGUUUUUUCCCAGUUUAAUGUUUUUACAGAAAAUAUAAAUUUCAGCUGUCUUUACAUUUUUUUCCCCAUUUCUUUGCUUCCCAUAUGUACUUUGUUUACCAAAUGUGAAUAUGAACUCAAAAUUAACAAUAUGCAAAGGAAUUUAUAAAAUCAGUGUGCAAAAGUAUUAAAGAUAGUUUACUAGUGGUAAA